CCGGAAGUACCUCAUCUCUCGUUCCACUAGCAUGCUACAGCACUGAUUAGCGUUUGUUUGUUUGUUUUUACGCAUUUAAUUCAUUACACUUUUAAAUUAUUUUGCAUAAACAUAUAAAUCUAAAAGAUGCAGAGCUACGACAAGACGCCUCUCGGCUCCAGGUCCGGACCGGUGACAGACAGCAGAGGGAGUGAUGGAUCGUUAUUAGCGGUACUGAAGACGUUGUUGUUCUUCACUAUCCUGAUGAUCACUCUGCCCAUCGGUCUCUACUUCGCUUCCAAGAAAUAUUUGUUUGAAGGAUCUCUGGGUUACUCCAGUAACGACAGCUACUUCUAUGCCGCCAUCUUGGCGGUGAUUGCCGUGCACGUGGUCCUGGCGCUCUUCGUUUACGUGGCCUGGAACGAGGGAUCGCGGCAGUCGAGGGAAGGAAAGCAGGACUGAGAGAGAGAAAAAAGGAGGAUUAGGAGAGGUAGAGGGAGAACGAGAGAGAAACCAGACCUUUUUGAUUCUGUUUAAAAAAACGAGUAGAGAGAGAGAUCUGAUGUGUCCUGCACACGUCUCCUACGGGGUCAGAGGUCAGCGUGAAGCCUGAGGUGUGUGUAGAGCAUUUGUUGGAGGUUUAAAGGUUCCUCUGGGGAAAGCGUUAAGGUUCUGUGUGUGGCUUCUUUAGAACGUUAAAGGUUCUUCAGAUCAUCCGGAGCUUCAGUCUGUGGUACGGUUCAGCGGGGAACCUCAAAGCUUUCCUCUGAGGAACAAACCAAGACUCCUUUAAAGCUUUAAAUGUGUUUUAGAGGAAACUUGUGGAGUGUGAGUGAUGUCCUUCUGCUGCUGUUUCACUACGUCUUCUCUUUUAUACACAACAUUCAAGUUCUAGAAAAUGCUUUAGAGUGAAGCUACACACACACACACACACACACGUUAUCUCCUGCAGCGCUCCCGAACCGAGCUCGAGCAUCAUCAUCUCCGAGCUCAUUAAAAUCCGCUUCACGUCUCGAGUUUCGGCUUUUUCUCCUCCUUCUGUGUCAUGAGUUCAGUGUUUAUCUGUUCCAUCUGUGUUAGAUGUCUGUACUGUGAUUGGUUGGUUGGUUGAUUGAUUGAUUGGUUGUUUUUUUUUUUUUUUAAAGCUAGUAACUGAUCUGUAUAUGAUGAUUGCAGAGCUCCUGAAGGGGCCUUUACCAAUAAAUAAAUAAAUACAUUUCAUUCUAUAUAAAAAAUCUCAUUCUGAUCUGA